CAUAAAUAUAUAAGAAAGAAAGAAAACUCAGAUUCUCACACACAGACAGAGAAAGAAAACCCAAGCUUAUCUGAUAUCUCCUCACACACUACACCCAUGGGCGAGGAGGAAAAGAAACCAGAGGAGCCCAAGAAGGAAGAAGAGAACAAAAAGGAAGACAAGAAACCAGAGGAACCAAAACAAUCCAAGGAGGAGCCACCACCGCCGCCGCCGGAGAUUGUGCUUAAAGUGUUCAUGCAUUGCGAAGGUUGCGCUCGCAAGGUUCGUCGCUCCCUCAAAGGAUUCCCAGGCGUGGAAGAUGUUCUCACCGACUGCAAGUCUCACAAGGUUGUGGUGAAGGGAGAGAAAGCGGAUCCGGUGAAGGUUCUAGAGAGAGUGCAGAGGAAGAGCCACCGCAAGGUGGAGCUUCUCUCUCCGAUCCCAAAGCCAGCGGCGGAGGAGGAGAAAGAGAAGCCGGAGGCGGAGCAGCCGGAGGAGAAGAAGAAGGAAGAGCCUCAGGUGGUGACGGUUGUUCUCAAAGUUCACAUGCAUUGCGAAGCGUGCGCCCAGGAAAUCAAGAGACGCAUCGAGAAGAUGAAAGGGGUGGAAGCAGCGGAGGCGGAUCUGAAGAGCUCGGAGGUGAGCGUGAAGGGGGUGUUUGAGACGGCGAAGCUGGUGGAGAGCGUGUACAAGAGGACGGGGAAGCAUGCGGUGAUAGUGAAGGAGGAAGCAGAGAAGAAGAAGGAGGAAGAGAAGAAGGAGAAGGAAGGUGAGAAGAAAGAGGGAGAGGGUGAAGGUGAAGGUGAAGGUGAAGGUGAAGGUGAAGGUGAAGGUGAGAAGAAGGAGGGAGAGGGUGAAGCGAAAGCCGAAGAGAGCACGGUGGUGGAGGUGAAGAAGAGUGAGUACUACUACAAUCCACCACGGUACGGGACGGAGUUCUAUGCUUACCCUGCACCCCCGUAUCCACCUCAGAUCUUCAGUGAUGAGAACCCCAAUGCUUGCUCUGUCAUGUGAUGUCAGGGGUGUUACGGGAAUUUCACUCAGAUCAGAUGGAUGCUGGAUGUACUUUUCCACCCAUCCAAACUCAAAUCUACAGAUAAUCGAUCUCUAGAGUUUUGUAAUGCCUCUACUUUUUCUAAAUUCUUAUUAUGUAAAUGAAAAUAUAAGUAAAAGUAACUAUAGUUUUUUAAUAUUCCCUUCUAGUUUUUGACCUUUUAAGGAGGUAAAAAGAGAUACAUAUUUUACUUUC